CCAUUAGCGUCUCUGCCUUACACACCAUUCACCGUGACGCACAAGGGGGUGAAGUGGAUGGACUUGUCCUUGCACACACGACUAUGAUGGGCCUUUUUGGCCUUGUUACUGAGGAUGGAGGCGGUAGAUUGCGUGCGAUAAGACGGUGCGUCAGCGUUUGUCACGCAUAAGUCGAACGACACGUCCUUCUGCCUCUCCCACACCCCUCUCACUGUCCGUCCGCACCCCCUUCUCCCCCUCCUCAGGCUCCACAAUCACCACCUCCUUCGUGACCGCCGACUCGCCCCAAACCUUGGCAGACAGAUCGCACAGCACGUCCACCACGUCGUUGUACCGCCGAAUUACCAACCCACCCACCCCACGGUUGAGGGCGUGGUCGAGCGAGUAUGCAGCCCCGCAGCCGUCGCAGUGGGUGGGCAUCUUGGGAGGCUCAUAGGCGUACCGAAUGGCCAUGGUCGCGAUCGUCAGGCGUCAGGUCGGUGUGGUCCUCUGCGUCAGGCCGGCAAGUCACCCACCCGGCCGUCUUGGCCUUGAUCGCCUGAUGGACCGCCCGUCGUCUCUCUGCGGGCAGCUGCUGGAGGCCGUCCUUGAAGCGCUCCUUGGCUGCCUCAUCUGUCGCCCGCCGCUACUCCUUGACCGCUUGCUGUAUCUCGGUGUGGUGCUGGAAGGGGUUGAAUGGAGGGCCGUCGGGUGGGUUGCCGUUUUGAAUGGUGGACACCAGCAGGGAGGUGCCCUUGGUGGAUGUCUCGUAUACCGCCGCUACUCGCUUUGUCGAGUCCCUCACCCUCAUCCCCUUAUGACGCGCAGGCAGCAUCGUCAGCUGGGCCUUAGUAGCGGUCACCGCAUGGUUGGAGAGCUGGAUGAGGUAGUGGGUGAGGGCAUCUCGCAGCGACUCGAAUGUCGCCCGCUCCUCAGGCAUCACCCGCAUGAAGAAAUCCCACUCGGCCUGCAGAGACGUUGUGAGUGCUGUGUGGGCUGCCUGCGGGUACUUGGCCGCUGCGUCCGCUAUCCGGUUGACACAUCGCUGCCACUCCUGCACCCUCUCAGUGGCGUAGGCUCGCUUGCCCUUCGCGGUCCUUACAAAUCCUCCCAUAUAUCGAGCACCACUCACAAUCUCCACGUCGGUAUCGCCAAACACCUCCCGCGCCCGAUCCUUGCAACCUGCCCGCACCACCAGCUUGCUCUUCUUGUCGUUGGAGUGAUAGCCCCUCAGUGGCCCUCUCCGCUGCAGCUCAUCCCAUCAGUCGCGCACCGGCUGAAGGUCUCCCACCUUGGCGGAGUCGUCGGCAAACCACGCCUGAGAACCCUCCUCUGCUUGCCGCUUCAU